GACAAGUAAACGCGAUUUUAAACGCUUGUGUUUCUAACAGUACAAUUUGGCAUUAAAAAUUCCUUCUGCCAUUUAGACUGCUUUAGGCAAAUUUAUUAGACAUUAGGACACAAAUGUAAGCGAUUCUUGGGCAUACCGUCAUCAUGAUAAUACCAGCAGUUGCUGCGUUUUUCAAGUACAAAAUAGUUAGCAGUAUCAUUAUUUUUACAUGUGGAAAUGAAUUUGAGCAAAUACGCCUGGUGCGGCAGUUGUCACUUCAAGGCAUGCGAGCUACGGUGUCCUGCGAUCCUGGUAUUCUGAAUGAGGAGCAUAAGACUCUGCAAGGAGUCUUGUAUUUCAAUCGACCUAAUGACACCUUACUGGAUGAGACAAGCCGGGAGCACUUCUCGAUGUGGUAUAAAUGGCUUAUUAUAGGAAAUGAGGUCCCUUCGCGCUUAAACCACACGACGCGAUACGAUGCCGACAUCACCCUCCUCGGUCCUCGGCAGCUUGGAGCUAUCGAUGCGAUCGGCAACUCCUCAGUGGCAUACCACGAGUCAAUAUUAUUUGAAGACCUAUACGUGCAUCUCCGAGAUGGAGUGUCUCGGCACCCUUGGGCGGUGUGGACUCCUGCUGGUUUUCAGCCGCUGUAUGAGCUUGAACGUAUUCGGCGACGCCACGACUUGAAACGGUACACUAUGAGGAUACCUACGCCGGUGGGUCACUACGACGACUCGUACGAAGGCACGUUUGCUGAUUACGUCAUGGACAACUCGCAGCCGGGGCGCGAUUCAGCCAUCCGCUGCGGAUACGGGACCUCCUCGCUUAUCCUGGAAUGGCUUCAGGCUAAAGAAGUUAUACUACAAAUGGAGCAAUGGAGCACAGAUGCAGGCAACAAAAGUAUGUUCACGAGGCUUGCUCAAGGGACAUCCGAGCUCAGCGGCGGGAUCCUGAGGAUGCAGCACAAACGUCUGCUAAAACUUGACUACGUCAUACCUUUAUGGAUUUUUAAGGUGGGUUUUACAUACGUAGCGGAGCGUGAGAGCAGCAGCAACAUGUUCGUGAUCCCGUUCACGGGCACGACAUGGGCGGCGUGCGCGGUGGUCACACUCGUCCUUGCGAUAGCGCAGCGCGCGACUGCCAAGCAGGAGUCGGAGAAGGAGGGCGCCUUUGUUGCUGUUAUGGCCACGUGGCUACAGCAAGAUGCCAGUGCAGUCCCGGAGGGUGCAUCCGGCCGCAUUACCUUCAUGGUGCUCUCCGUAUGCUCGAUGCUGGUGUACGCGUACUACUCGUCAGCUAUCGUGUCUGCCCUCAUGAGUGCCGGCAGCAGCGGCCCGACAACGCUGCGGGCGCUUGGUGACUCACGCUACCGCCUCGCGUCUGAAGACUACGAAUGGAUACGGGCUCAAAUGUUUGAUGUUUAUAUUCCAAAUUGGCCUGAGAUGGAGUACCUGAAGCGGAAGAAGCUACAGUCCAUGGCAAACUUCUACCUGGACUGGCAGGCGGGCAUGCAGUUAGUCAAGUCCGGUACCACGGCGUACCACGCCGAGUACAACCACGUGUACCCGCUUAUGAGUGUCCUCAGCGAUGACCAGGUCUGCAAGCUGCAGUACGUGGACACUGUGCCGCCGAUAAUGUCCUGGCUGGUAACAACAAGACGCGGACAGUGGACUAACCUACUCCGCAUUGGAGGCGACUGGCUUCACGAGACAGGGCUGGUCAAACGAAUGCUGUCCCGUUGGCAACUCAAACCCCCUCCUUGCCGAGCGGCGUUACUCGCUGAGCGAGUCAGUUACGGCGAUGUGGCACCCCUGAUUAUACUAACAGUUGUUGGCCUUUUAACCUCCGUCGCUGUUUUGUUUGUAGAAAGAGCUGUAGCUAAAUGGCGGGCUAAGAAGACAGAUAAGUCUAGUAGUGAUAAAAUUCAAGAUGAAGAAAUUAUUGAUACAGUAAUGUCGUAACUAGUAGAUUAUAGUAACGCACGUAAUCAUACAUAUUUUUUUAGGUGUUGUAGUGACCGUUGCCGUAUUGUUUCUAGAAAAAAGUGUAGUUCAAUGAAGCAUAUGGCUAGUAGCGAUAUAAAUCUAGAGACCCAGUAAUAUAAAGUAGAUGACAUUUUAAUUUUACAAUAAAU